AUGACUUACUCCCACAGAGAUAGUGACUGGGACGUGGUCUCUCGCCAGUCCGAACCAAGAUCCUACUCGGUGAGACGUUACGUCAUCCCAUCUGAAAGAGAUUCCAUGUAUCGUCGAGACGAGCACCCGAUGAGCGAGCGCGAACUUGUUAUCCGGCGGCCUCAUGACCGGGAUAGUCGGUACGACUACGAGUAUCGUAGGGAGAGAGAUUACGAUCGUGAGUCUACCAUCCCCAAUCGAAUACAUAGUCACCCCUAUGGCUCCAGCGAGCAGCCCCCUCGAGAGGAGCACCAUUAUCAUGCACAAACUAUUUUUAUCAAUCGAGAACACAAACCAACAAUUGUUAAAGAUGUAUAUCGCCCCUCCUCUUAUGGGACCUCCCGCGAUGACUUGGAUUACCAGAUCGUGAAUCGGUCUGAAGCGGAUGAAAAUUGGGCGCUGCGGAGCGCCCGUGAUCAUCGAGAGGACGAUUUUUACUAUACCCGAAGCACCAGAGAAUACGACAACGGUCGCCAUCACCGUGAUGAGUAUGAAGAACGCUACUACUACGGCGACAGCCCCCGCAGUUCAGGCUCUCGAAGGACCAGGAGCCGUCACGGUCGUGACUAUAAUAGCGAAGAUGAAACUACUUAUUCCCGUAGAGAGAGACACCACCAUCACGAUGAGAGCCCACAUCACUAUAAACGCCACCUUGCCGAAGGCGCACUAGUUGGAGUCGGCGCUGCUGAGUUGAUGCGACGGAAAUCCAAAAAGGAUGGAGACGAAUCUGGUGGCCUUAGCCGCAUCGGUAGGGACGUGGGUGCAGGAGCUCUAGGCGUCGUAACCGCCGACGUUAUCCAGCGGGCUAGAAGUUACCAUCGCAGCAAGAGUCGCAGACGCACCGAAUCACUCGAUCGUGGUCGGGAUCGCAGUCGGGAGCGUCGCCACCGACACCGCAGACGCCGGAGUCGCUCAUCUUCGGAUUCCCAUGUCAAAACUCUGGCAGGGCUCGGAUUAGGCGCCGCGGCCAUCGCCGGAGCAGUCGCACUGGCUAGGAAAAAGUCUCAGAAACAGCCAGGGAAAUCGAAAAAUAAUCCACAUGACAGGCGAAGCCGUUCCCGUCACCGUCGUGGUUCUGGGUCAAGCUCUAAUGAAGACCGAGCUGCUUCACAUCGCAACAAACGAACGGCGGAAGCCGGACUCGCCGGUGCAGCAGUUGCAGGUUUGAUUGAACGAGCUAGGAGCAAAUCACGAUCUCGGAAAGGGGAGAAAUCCCCAGGGAGGAUUAGACAGGGUAUUCCGAUUGCCGUUGCCGGCCUUGGCAGUGCGGCGAUUGCCAACCUUUAUGAGAAGCACAAGGAAAAGAAAGAAAGUGAAUCCUCUGAACGAAAAGAGAAAAAUCACAGACGAAGGUCCAGGUCGAGAAGCAUGGCGAGAUCAUCAACCUACCCAGAUCCCUCCAGAUCGUCACCACAGCUUAUUGAGUAUGGCGAUGAUCCCGUAUACGGAAGUAUUCCAGCGAAUAACUAUUAUGGACGACCACCCAGCCGACAGUCUUCUUCUCCCCGCGCAAUUGAAGCAUCUCAUAGGAGAAGUAGUCGAAGAGCCAGCCACAGCCGUAGCCGCACCCGAAGCCACCAUUACCGCGAUGACGGCUCAGGAAGCGGUUCCUCCUUUUCUGAUCGAGGCCACAGCCAUAAGAAUCGUAGUAGGAGCCGUACUAGAGACCUCGCCACCGCUGGGCUUGCCGCUGCUGGAGCAGGGCUUGCUGCUAGAGAAUAUACGCAAAGGCAGGAAAGGAAGAGAGCAGAGAAGGAUCGCAGAACAUAUGCCCAUGACCACGACUACUCGGACUCCUAUGAGGAUGGAUAUGAACCCGCUCCAUAUCCGCCAUCUCCUCCGUCAAAUGGUCCAAAUUACUAUGCGCAGGGAAGCCAAUUCCCCCCUCCGCCUGGCGCAGCCCCUGUUCCACCACCCAACGUCCAGCCAGGGCCGUACAACCCGGCCGAUUACCCUCCCCCUCCAGGGGCUGCACCGCAGCCGCCUUCAAACUAUCCUUACCCUCCUCCUCCAGGAGUGGAUGCCUAUGCGCCCAGGUCAGCCAGGGGUGAUGAGAAUGUGAGUGCUGUACCGACGCUGAACCCCGCUCUCUCGUAUGGACAGCGCCACACCUCAUCAGAGGGUCUAACGAUGACAUCACCCGGACAAAUACCGCUUCCGUCACUGCCACCACACACACACCUCUUUGAGAAAAGCAAUAAUAAACCAGAUCAUUACACUUUCACAACCACGCCUUCCAUACCGAUUCGGCGCCCUGCCGCUUUCUCCGUCAACUCACCAUCGUCAGCAUCACUAUCGACAUGGACAUCAACCCCCCGACCACCUUCUCGCAAGAAAUCCAGAACCAGAUCAUCCAGCCAACCCGGCCGCGCGCCGCGCACCAAAUCCGUCCAAUUCGACCUUCACCCAAGAUACGGCACGCCUCCAUAUGGAUCUAGGCGCGCGAGGACCCCCACGGGCGAUCUGCGUGGCUAUGAGACCGAUGACAGCGACUCUACCGUAGAUGGGCUUGAUCGUUUUCGAAUCCGCCGGCACGAUCGCAUCCCGGACCGUGCCCGACAGCACCAGCAACAGCAUCCGAGAUACCGCGAUACUACUGAGAGCGUCGAAGUAGCGUCCGACUCGACGAUUGAGCUUCCUGAUAGGUUUGACUCGCAUGGCCGUCGGCUGCUUGAGUAUAGGGUAUAA